AUGGAAAAAUAUUUGACUCAUCGAGGAAUGGAUGUGUGGUUGGUUGACCCCAAGGGCCAAAUCAUUCCUCACACCAGUGACUCAGUGAAAGACAACACAAUCUCAGCUACCGUUAGUAUCAAACGCGGAGCACUUUAUACCAUCAACUGGAAGUGUAGCCCGAACUCCCCUCCCCUUUCAGCUUUUUGGGAGGCAUUUGUCUCCUCCACACCCCGAAGUGGUCGUAACAAGGACGACAAUCAGUUUCCCGAAGGCGUAGCCAUUGCUAGUCAUUUUAUAGACCAGCGGGAUCCAAGAUCUCAGGCCCUUAGCUCGACUAAAAGUCGACUUUUUCCUCCGUACAAACGCAAUGGACAUCUCGAAGCUCCCCGUUCUGUUUUAGAGGAUGCACGUCUUGGUUUCGUCAGACUGGAACUCCGACGAACACAAGGGGUCAUUGCCUUCUCGGAAAACCCAGUCCCCGGUCAACCUGGAGAUCACGACUGCACUAUUGAAGCUGACGUAGUGGAUGAUAAAAACGAAGGGAAAGCCCCAUAUAUUGUAUUUCAAUUCAACUUCAUAGAUGCAUCAGCAGCGCCUUCGACACCCGCCAAACGGAUACAAGCCGCCGAGCCAUCCGCUUCAAGUCCCAAGCUUGCCUCCGCGAAACGGCGAAGGGUUGAGUCACCUAGCGCAAAAUCUCGCCAGACGUCAAAUACAGGUAAUGUUCUACUUCCACCCAAAUUGAAGCAAAUAAAAUCAAACUCUUCUUCAAGGAAUAAUAGACUUGGAAGCCCAGUUGACGCGGCCAGUACGGCCACCUGCGCCGGAGUCUUCUUCCAAGAAAACUGCUACCACAUCGUUUACAGAAAUAAUCGACUUGGAAGCCGCCUUGACGCGGCCGGUACCGCCAUCUGGACCGGAGUCUUCUUCCAAUCAUACAAGAUCAAAUCCCUCUUCCGACUCUUCAGAUGUGGCACCACUUCCGUCUCUAGCACAGUUACGACGAAAGUUAGAAGAGAAAUCGGCGGAACUAAAGGCACUGGAAAAAGAAAUCGCAGAGCGGGAGGCCUUACAGAAGGAGGUUGCAUUGAAGGAGGCCAAGAUUCGGUCCCUAAAGAGAAGACUUGGGACAGUCUGAUCAAGGUAUUCACCGUCAUCUGGCUCGAGUGUGGCGUGUACAACAUCCGAGUCUCAAAUUGA